AUGAAUGAAAGUGAAGAAGAGUUGAAUUGUUUGGAGAUGGAUUCAGACAGUGAAUGGCUUGGAAUAUGGGAUAGCACUGGAAAAGAAAAGGCAAUCGCGAAAUUGAAAGGGAAAGAAAGAAUUAAACGAAAGGAGGAUGAAAACAAAAAUCUAACAGAGAGUGGUGAAGUUGGUGCAACAAAGAGUAGAAAAGGGAAGGAAAAAAAGAAAGAUAAAUUGAUGGAAGAAACUAAGGGUACCAAUUUUGCAGGGUUAUUAUUAGAGGACUCAAGUUCAGAAGCUAAGGAUGAUAACAUCUCUUCUAAAAAUGAUGAAUCGGAUGACAUGGGGAAUAUUAAUGGUGAUGAUGAUCAGGUUGAAAAUGUUGCAUUUAGGGCAGAUAUAGAGAUGGCUAAUCCAGAAUUUAUAUUGGGAAUGACAUUCAUCAAUGCAACAGAAUUUAGAGCUGCUUUGAGAGCUUACUCUGUUAAAAACAAUAGAAACAUUUCCUUUAAAAAGAAUGAGUCUGGUAAAAUUUCUGCAAAAUGUUCUGAUGGAUGUCCAUGGCGUAUAUAUGCCUCUAGAAAGGCACCAGAUGACCCUACCAUCGAGAUAAAAACUUUGGUUGGGAAACAUUCUGAUGAUUGUUUGUUUGUUUAUGCCAACAAACAUGUCAAAUCUAGGAUGAUUGCCAAAACAUACCUACAUUAUUUAAGAAAACAUCCAGAUGAAUCAGUAGGUGAUUUCAUGGAGAAAAUACAUGAAGAGAUGAAUGUUGAAAUCUCAGUUAGUCAAGUCUAUAGAGCAAAGAGAAUAGCUAAAGAGAUGAUCGAAGGUCACUACAAAGAACAAUAUGCAAAAUUAGAGGACUACUGUGCAGAACUCAAGAAAAAGAAUCCAGGAUCAACUGUAUUGUUAGAAACAAUACCCAAUGAAGAGGAUGGCAAACCUAUUUUUGAAAGAAUUUACAUAUGUCUUGAGCCCUGCAAAAGAGGUUGGAAGGCAGGUUGUAGGCCACUUAUCGGGAUGGAUGGUUGCUUUCUUAAAGGACCAUAUGGUGGUCAACUUUUGACAGCAAUUGGGAUAGAUGCUGAUAAUGGUAUGUUCCCAAUAGCCUAUGCUGUAGUUGAUGUUGAAGACAAGCAUAACUGGAAGUGGUUUUUGAAUUUGCUGGUGGAUGACUUGCGAAUUAGAAAUCAUGAUAACUUGUGUCUCAUUACAGACAAGCAAAAGGGUUUGGAGGGAGCUAUUUAUGAGAUUGUUCCUCAAGUUGAGCACAGGCAUUGUGUAAGACAUUUGUACAAUAAUUUCAAGAAAGUGCAUAAAGGUUUAUCAUUGGAGACAAGAGUUUGGAAAGCUGCUAAGGCAACUUAUGUAAGUAAGUAUAGAUAUGAGAUGGAUAUGUUGGAACAGGAGGACAAAGAAGCUAGAAACUGGUUCAACGAUAAACCACCCAAAUUCUGGAGCAAGUCGCAUUUUAGAACAACAACAAAGUGUGAUAUACUUUUGAAUAAUCUUUGUGAGUCAUUCAAUGGGAUAAAACCAAUUUUAAAGGCAAGGGAGAAACCUAUACUUGGAUUGCUGGAAGGAAUUAGAGUAUACCUGAUGAAAAGAAUGAAUCAAAAGAGGGAGGUGCUCCAGUACCAAGGAAGUUUAUGCCCUCGAAUUCGGAAAUUAGUAGAAGAAAAGAAAAAGGUAGCAUCUGCAUCAAUUCCUACUUGGGCUGGACAAUUUCUAUUUCAAGUAAAAACUAUGUAUGGUGAACAGUUUAGUGUUGACUUGAAUGGGAGAACCUGUUCUUGUAGGGAAUGGGACCUUACAGGAAUCCCAUGCGCACAUGCAAUAAGCUGCAUAUUUAGUAUACGAGAGAAUCCAGAAAAUUUCAUAAAUGAUUGUUACAAGAAGGCUACUCAAAUGAGGAUUUACGAGCCAGUCAUUGCUCCUAUGGACGGACCUGAUAUGUGGGAAACUACUGAUCUACUUCCCGUUCAACCUCCUACUUAUGAGCCAAAGAAAGGUAAGUUGAACAAAAAUAGGAGAAAAGAACCUGAUGAAAUUGAAGCCUCCAAGAGAAAAGCUGUUGAGAUGAAAAAACAGAGAAGAGAGAAAAAGAGAAAACAAUCUGCAUCAAAUGACUUGAAUGUAGCAGCCACAAAUGUUACCAAAUUAAGUAAGAAAGGGAGGUUAGGGAGAUGCAGCAAGUGCUUGCAAACUGGUCACAAUAAAACAACUUGCAAGAAGAAUAGUGAUUCUCUGAAUUCAACAGCUCCACCUCAAGCUAUUCCAACAACUCGAGGUUGGUCACAAAAUGCUACAAGUCAAUCCCACCCAAGUAAGCAAAUCCAUUUUGAGUCCACCAAUUGGAUUGGGCAUAUAAAUGAACAUUCUAAACUCAAUCCAAGAAGGCCAGCGGAGGACGGUUCAUCUCAGAUGCCUGCACAAGCUCAAGUUGGCAGUAUUGUGAUAAAUGCUGAGAAGUACAAGUGGAAUGGAAAAAAUUGUAUUAGCUUACAAAGCCUUCAAAAUACAAGUGUUUCAAUGAAGUCCAACAAUAAGAGCUUUGACAAGGAAGAGAAUAGAAGCAAUUAACAAAUGAAGAACUGCAACAACAAUAAAUUUUA